GUUGCGGACAUCCAAUCAGAAUAGGUCCCGCCUCCACGCCCAGGAGGAGGCGGGUUUGAGACGGAAAGUCCCGCCCCACGGCGACGUGAGACGUCAGAAUCGCCAUGGCCAGCUACCCCUACGGGCAGGGCUGCCCAGGAGCUGGAGGACAAGCACCCGGAGCCCCUCCGGGUAGCUACUACCCCGGACUCCCCCAUGCUGGAGGGCAGUAUGCUAGCGGGGUACCCCCUGGUGGCGGAUAUGGAGGAGGUCCUGCCCCUGGAGGGCCUUACGGACCACCAGCUGGUGGAGGGCCCUAUGCACACCCCAACCCUGGGGGGCUCCCUUCUGGAACUCCAGGAGGACCGUAUGGUGGUGCGGCCCCAGGGGGCCCCUAUGGACCACCACCUCCAAAUUCCUAUGGUGCCCAGCAUCCCGGGCCUUAUGGACAGGGAACACCUCCUCCAGGUGGCACCCCUCCCAAUGUGGAUCCCGAGGCUUACUCCUGGUUCCAGUCAGUGGACUCCGAUCACAGUGGCUAUAUCUCCAUCAAGGAGCUGAAGCAGGCCCUGGUCAACUCCAACUGGUCCUCGUUCAACGACGAGACAUGCCUCAUGAUGAUAAACAUGUUUGACAAGACCAAGUCAGGCCACAUUGAUGUCUACGGCUUCUCAGCCCUGUGGAAGUGCAUCCAGCAGUGGAAGAACCUCUUCCAGCAGUAUGACCGGGACUGCUCGGGCUCCAUUAGCUACACAGAGCUGCAGCAAGACAUCUGCCAGCUGGAUCUUCACAUCAGCUUGAUAAUCAGUCUAUACCAAACGUCGACAGUGAUCUGACAAAAGUUCAAUCCGAAGCCAAGACACCAGACGUUUUGGUUUGAUUGGGGGACCUUAUGAUGGGUAAUGGUGAGCUAAUCCUUUUGUUUUGGGGGAUGAAGAUAAGAAAACAGGCUCUCCUCCCUGCUUGGUUGGGGAAGCAGCUCAGUGAGGCCUGGCAGGUUAUGUCAGGCUUAGGCAGUUCAGCCCCGGUUCUCCUCUGGGCUGCUGUCGUGCUAGAAUCCUAGAGUUAGGUGGAAUCCAGUUCCCAGAGGCCAGCCCCCAUGCAGAGCUAGAACCCCUUCCAUUACCCCACUUUGAGUCUGGCCUCUGCUUGCCAACCUCCAAUGACAACUCAGUGCCUUUCCAGGCAGCCCAUUUCCUCCUGGACUAGUAGGGACUUCUUCCUGCUGUGGAUUCCAAAUCCCACCACCUUGAAAACACUACCCAUUGGCUAUAGUUUUCUCUCUUGGGCCACCGAGAACAUACUCCACCCCUUCCUGCAUGCCAGUCCUCUAGAUAUCUGGAACGUGCCACCACAUUCCCCCAGGUCCUCCCUUCCCUAGGCCAGAUAGUCCCAGGCUCUCCAGAAGCUGUUCACUGAGCUUCAUUCCAUGGCAUCCUGUGAGUUCAUCUGAGUCCCCCAAAAUAGAGGCCUGAGGCCCACCAUGGUGCUGGGUUCAACCCGCAGAGGACAGAGUAGAACUGCAGCCAUUAGGGGAAGCUUUUGUUGUUUCUUUGUUCCCACUGAGCCAAGUGUUUACUGAAACCUGUGUCUAGAACAGUGUCAAUCAUACUCUGUCACCUUUGUGAUCAGCUGGGGCUGAGGAACCCAGGACCUGGGUUCUUCCUUGUGGACAUGGUUGGUUCUGGGCUUGGGCGUCAGCCCUCACACCUCAUUCCACACACUGCCCCUCCAAGCCUGGCUACAAACUUGACAAACAGCUUUGGAUCCUAAGGCUAGCGGGAAGGGAGUGGAGAAUGGGCGGGACACCCUGUACCCUCUGGCAACAGCUGCACAUCUGUGGCAGUGUUCACGUGAGCUGGGCUGGCGAGUCAUCUGGAGAGCAGGAUGACAUGCUCAGACCACUCCCUCCACCUGCUCUGCCUACGAGGAGGGGAGCUAAAGCAUUCCUGGGCUGGGCCCCUGGCAGGAUCCGCGGUUUGCGGUUUGCCCCACUUCUUGACGGGUGAGGUCAUUAAUCAGGUUAAGCAGACCCAGCGGUGCGCAUGGCCGAGCUGGCCUCUGCCAGAUGUCUCCCGCUCGUCUCAGCAGACAGUCCUUCAGACUGCUUCCCACCUCCUGCUCUGGCAGCAAGGAUCAGGGCCUCUGGCAGCCCUCUAAUCAUCUUGGUGGCAGAUGGAACACGUCUAGCCCAGUCUCUGGCUUUCUCUUUUUAAUCUGUGAGUUCAUAGAAAAUAAAUGCAAGCCCUGAUUUCCAAGAAGGUGAAGA